AUGGAUCGCAAGAGAAAGCGACAAAGCGGUGUCGAAUACUGGACUGCGUCAAAAUGUCAACGACUUCUGAGGCCGAUUGCAUCGAGAAUCGCACCAUUACGAAGGAACCAAUACACUUUUAACUCGGAAUCACUCCAGACGGACUCGAGAGAAAACGUAUUGCCGAUCGCCAAAUUGCAAAUGGUUCCAGGGACAGAACCCGCAGGCAGCGGCAUUAAUGCCACAAUCCUGGAUCCCACAUGGCUACCCUCUGACCAAAGCAGAAGAUGCCAGCUCAAGAAGUACUCUGUUCGUCACCGCAAUUCUCAAGCACCUAUCGGUCAAAUCGAAAGCCCCCGUGCAUGCUUAGUCUCCUUGCCGACUCCAUUCAAGGCACGCGCAUUGAGAAGAGGAACACCAAUCAAACAAGGCGUGCACUUGGAGACAUCGAGCAGCCCAUGUGCUCUGAAAACCUUGCAUUUUACCAGGAAGGUGCGCCAACGGAAAGACCCCUUCACUCGCGCACCAAUUGCGAAGCAGAGUAUCGAGCUACAGGGCAGGCAAAAUUAUGAGAGAACUUUCGAACUGCAUCAGGGCGUUACGGACGGGUUUUCAUUACUGCUACAGAGAACAGUUCCUCUGGACGUUGAACAACUACCAAGCAGAGGCGCCUCAUCACUCCUGAGCAUGUGUCUACGCAAGGUGCCAGACUAUAUUCAAGCAGAAGAAGACUGGCGUAGAAGCAUCAAUGAGGAUGAUGACACUGAUGUCUCUGCAGAGGUAUACGAGGAGUUGGAGGAACUUGGCUCGGUUCAAGGACAUGGCUGGCCAGGCCUCCGUGAAGUGGUAGUUGCGCAUGGGCUCAAACUCAUCCACGAGAUAAUCAAGGACAAGCUUGUCGCAACAGAAACCAGAGCGGAGCUUGCGAAAAUACCCUCCAGACAUGGCUUGCACAGGGAAUCGCAAGAUCUCCUUCUUGCAUACGCCCAUUCUUUGCCGCUAAAACGCCCUCUUGGUGUAGACUCUCGUCUUUUCGACGGAUGUUUAUCAAGCCUGACUGCUAUGCAACCUGCCAGUGCCAGAAACGAAGUCUUUGUUCGCACUCUCGAUGCACUAUUCUCCUCUGGCCGUCUGAAGCUGUCCUGGCUGGCGACUCGCGAUAUGGUCACUCUGUCUAGUGGCAUGGUUAGAGCGCUGGCAUCUCAAUCUGAACAUCAUGAACACGCCUUAAGCUUCCUUCAAGGACGUAUUUCUCAAAUCUCUACUGCGGAGUUAGUGGAACACGGCGUUCCACGACAAGGACCCGAAGGAAACCUGGAUGUCGGGAUCAAGCUUGAAACAUCUCUCACCAAUACUACGGUCAGCAUCAUUACAGUGCUUACAGCCAUGGUUUUGAUAGAGCGCAACUCCCGGAGCUUUGAUGAAGGCCCGGGUCGCCCUACUGCUAUCGAAUCUCUUCUCGUGUGCCUCUCGAUCAACGUGCUUGCCAAUUUAGCAGUCCUCGAGCAGAGAGAUGGCGACAUUCAUAGCAAAAACGAUACAAAGAUUCCACAAAACACGGUCUGUUUUGCCCUGCUCGCAAGUAGCCUGAUCCUCAGCCUCCACCAGGAUGCCACCAAGAGUGAUCACAUGUCUCUUCGGAGACGAGAUAUUGUGCAAGCGAUGAUUCUGGUGCACGGAAGAACCACUUCAGGUCGUGCGGAGACAGUGGUAGAGCGCGCCGCAUCAUUUCUGGUUGACUUAUCUCGCUGCUGUGGGCAGAGCUUGCAUUCGGAUAGUCAAACCUAUCUGGAGGGCCUUGUCAGUUCAAUCUUCCAGGAAUCUCGGCAUGGUUCAGACCCCGUAAAAGCCUUUUUGAAGCAAUGGGCAAUGGAAAGUUCACUUCACCUUGCAAAGACUUCGGCCACACAGAGAAGCCGGGCCUUCUUGGAGAAUAUUGAGGCUGCAAUGACACAGCACAGUCCCCUGGGCAUAAAGAAAACAGGUGUUGGAUCUCAGCAAAUCCGCGACGUUGUCGCUGAGCCGGGACUGCGGUGGGAGGAAGGUCUUUGUGAGUGGAUUGUCGCAUCUCCAGUAUACGCGAAGAAGCCCAGGAACAUUACGGCUUUGUCAAACAAGACGCGGUCGAAGUCCCCUUCUGAUGAGGAGAGUGAGUUGGACGACAGCGGCUAUCUUAGCGAUAACAAGGCAACACCGGCGCCCCGUCAGAAGUUCAUCAACAUGUCUCACAUGCUGGCAUCGCCCGAUGUUCUGGGCAUGGAACCAAGAAUGCUGUCCGGCGCUACAACCAGUCUCCAAGAUACUGCUCGAAACAUGCAAACACCUCAGAGACCAGCCAUUCCAAAGCAGAAGACCGGAAAGUCCAAUGCAGCCGAGGCUGUCUCCAAGAUACCGGAUAAUGUCAAUCAUCCAACUCCUCCGCAUGAGAGCUUGAUUGACGUGACGGACAACCCGGCGAAGAGAAGGAAGAGCCAGAAGGCAAAGCAAGCAAGCUUUAGAGCAUCGUCGAUGGUUCAGAAAUCACCUCAAGACCCAGCACCUCCCUCAACGCGAGAACAGAUCGAAAAGGCACAUGGUGACUUGUCUGGAAAUGAUAUUGAUGAGCUCGCCAUGAGUUGCUCAAAACCUCGUCAGACUGCAGCUUUUGCCAGAAAAAUUGUGCCAUGCAAAUCUUCCGCCAGAGUUUCACUCCCAAUCAGACGCACCAGCAGUCAAAUCGAUAUCAGUGAUGACGAGUUGGGCUUUUGA